AUGGCGUCUGUGCUGCUAUGGAGGGUGUUACCUCUGCUGGCACUGCUCGCUUCUUUUUUCCUCUUCUUCUACGCCCAGAACUCUUCCAAGUUGUCUCACAAGGAGUGCAGCCUUCUUCCUCACCAGAGUUAUUGGAUAACGAGCAAGCGCAUUGUGACACCACAAGGUGUCAUUUCUGGUGCAGUGGAAAUAAGGGGAGGGAAGAUUGCAUCCAUUGUUAAAGAAGAGGAUGGGCGUGGCAGUUCCAAGGUGGGGCAUAUAGUUGAUUAUGGAGAGGCUUGUGUCAUGCCUGGCCUGAUUGACGUGCAUGCACAUCUUGAUGAUCCUGGAAGAGCAGAAUGGGAAAGAUUUCCUUCAGGGACUAAGGCAGCUGCUGCAGGUGGUAUAACAACAUUGGUUGACAUGCCUCUAAAUAAUUUUCCUUCAACUGUGUCUCAAGAGACUUUGAAACUCAAGAUUGAAGCUGCAGAGGAGAGAAUUUAUGUUGAUGUUGGUUUCUGGGGAGGUUUAGUUCCUGAAAAUGCAUUCAACUCAAGUAUUCUUGAGGGUCUCCUAAAUGCUGGUGUUCUUGGUUUGAAGUCUUUUAUGUGUCCUUCGGGGAUCAAUGACUUUCCUAUGACAAAUGCCAGUCAUAUUAAGGAGGGACUGUCUGUACUUGCAAAAUACAGAAGACCACUACUUGUACAUGCAGAGAUUCAACAAGAAUCUGAAAGCGACCUGGAACUUAAAGAUGGUAGCCAUGAUCCUCGUUCUUACUCAACCUAUCUUCAGACUAGGCCACCGUCAUGGGAGGAGGCAGCUAUUAGGGAGCUUGUAACUCUGACAAAGAAAACAAGGACGGGUGGCCCUGCAGAAGGAGCUCAACUUCACAUUGUUCACUUGUUUGAUUCAAGUUCUACCUUAGAUCUUAUUAAGACUUACCACUCAUUGAUGAUCUGGUGUAAGUGA